AUGUCCUGCCCCUGGGGAUACCUGUUCCGAGCCAAAAGUUCUCAAUACAUCUUUGAAGAGGACAAAGACAUCAAUAAUAAUUUGGGGAAAGCCAAGAUCAAACCCAUCAGUUCACUGAAAGAGGAUGGUGUUAAGUCUCACAGCCUGAGUAAACCUCGGAAUGAGCAGCAACAAACAACUUUGGUGGAGGAAAAGCCUCCUGAACCCCAGAUCAAGGGGAUGGGUCCCGUAUCAGGCUGUCCAAGGCACGUGAGAGUUAAAAACUGGAGCAAUGGAAUCACAUUCCAAGACACUCUACAUCACAAAGCCAAACUGGAUAUUGAUUGCAAGUCCAAGGCUUGUCGAGGGUCAAUAAUGACCCCCAAGAGUAUGACAAAAGGGACUAGAGACAGAGCGAUCCCUCCAGAAGAGCUGCUACCUCAAGCCAUCGACUUUGUGAACCAGUAUUAUGGCUCCUUCAAAGAGGCAAAAAUAGAGCAGCAUUUGGCCAGAGUGGAAGCAGUAACAAAGGAGAUAGAAACAACAGGAACCUACCAGCUAACGGAAGAUGAGCUCAUUUAUGCAACCAAGCAGGCCUGGAGAAAUGCCCCUCGGUGCAUUGGAAGAAUCCAGUGGUCAAACCUGCAGGUGUUUGAUGCUCGGAAAUGUACAACAGCCAAGGAGAUGUUUGAGCACAUCUGUCAGCACAUCCGCUAUGCAACCAACAAUGGAAAUAUCAGGUCAGCCAUUACCCUCUUCCCUCAGCGGAGUGAUGGGAAACAUGACUUCCGGGUCUGGAAUGCUCAGCUCCUUCGAUAUGCUGGCUAUCAGAUGCCAGAUGGCUCCAUCGUGGGUGAUGCUGCCAGCACUGAGUUCACCCAGCUGUGUAUAGACUUGGGAUGGGUGCCCAAAUACGGCCGCUUUGAUAUCUUGCCUCUCGUGUUACAAGCCAAUGGCCAGGACCCAGAGGUCUUUGAGAUCCCGAAAGACCUUGUCCUCGAGGUGUCUAUAGAACAUCCCAAGUAUGAGUGGUUCAAGGAGCUGGAUCUGAAGUGGUAUGCUCUGCCUGCUGUGGCCAACAUGCUCCUGGAAGUGGGCGGCCUUGAGUUCCCUGGGUGCCCAUUCAAUGGCUGGUACAUGGGAACUGAGAUUGGUGUCCGAGAUUUCUGUGAUGUCCAGAGGUACAAUAUCCUGGAGGAAGUUGGAAGGAGGAUGGGUCUGGAAACGCACAAAUUGGCUUCCCUCUGGAAGGACAGGGCAGUGAUUGAGAUCAACGUGGCCGUGCUGCAUAGUUUCCAAAAACAAAACGUCACCAUCAUGGAUCACCAUUCAGCAGCGGAAUCUUUCAUGAAAUAUAUGCAGAAUGAAUAUAAGUCUCGAGGCGGUUGCCCGGCAGAUUGGGUCUGGCUGGUCCCUCCAAUCUCUGGGAGCAUCACUCCUGUGUUUCAUCAGGAGAUGCUAAACUACAUUCUUUCUCCUUUCUACUAUUACCAGGUGGAAGCCUGGAAAACCCAUGUCUGGCAUGAUGAGAAGAAGAGACCCAAAAAAAGAGAGAUCAAAUUAAAGGUCUUGAUCAAAGCAGUGUUCUUUGCCUCUGUCCUGAUGCGCAAGACCAUGGCAGCCCGAAUCAAAGUCACUGUGCUCUUUGCGACAGAGACAGGCAAAUCAGAAACUCUGGCCAGAGAUUUGGGAGACUUGUUUAGCUGUGCUUUCGCUAGCAAGGUACUCUGUAUGGAUGAAUACAAGCUGAGUGAUUUAGAAAAAGAAAAGCUACUUCUGGUGGUUACCAGCACUUUUGGAAAUGGAGAUUCUCCUGGGAAUGGUGAGAAACUGAAGAAGUCCCUGUUUCUCCUGAAGGAGCUAAAAAAUAAAUUCAGAUAUGCUGUGUUUGGUCUCGGCUCCAGUAUGUAUCCCCAGUUUUGUGCCUUCGCCCAUGAUAUCGAUGAGAAAUUUUUGCAACUGGGGGCCUCUCAACUUGCACCAACUGGAGAAGGAGAUGAACUCAGUGGACAAGAUGAAGCCUACCGCAGCUGGGCACUGAAUACCUUCAAGGUGGCCUGUGAGAUCUUCAGCAUCCAAGGCAGGGAAACAAUUCAGAUCCCCAAGUUAUAUACUACCAAUGAAACCUGGAACCCUGAAAAUUACCGCCUUGUACAGGAUCCCCAACCUCUAGACCUCAACAAAGCCCUUAGCAGUAUGCAUGCCAAGAACGUGUUUUCCAUGCGGCUAAAAUCGAGACAGAAUCUGCAGAGUCUCAAAUCCAGCCGGGCAACCCUCCUCAUUAAACUUUCCUGUGAAGGAAACCAGAAUCUUAAUUAUAUACCAGGAGAGCAUCUUGGGGUUUUUCCUGGAAACCAGCCUGCCCUAGUUCAGGGUAUUUUAGAACGAAUUAAGGAUGGUCCAUCACCUCACCAAUCCAUGCGCUUAGAAACCCGUGAUGAGAAUGGUGACUACUGGAUAAGUGAUAAGAAGCUUCCCCCCUGCUCGCUCAGCCAAGCCCUAACUUAUUUCCUGGAUGUCACCACCCCUCCAACCCAGCUGCUGCUCAGAAAGUUGGCUCAGCUGACCACCUCAGAGGAAGAGAAGAGACGUCUGGAGGCACUGUGCCAGACCUCUGAAUAUAAUAAGUGGAAGUUCACAAACAGCCCCACGUUCCUGGAGGUGCUGGAAGAGUUUCCUUCCAUCCAGAUCUCAGCGACUUUCCUGCUCACACAGUUGCCUCUGCUGAAGCCUCGCUACUAUUCCAUAAGCUCCUCCCGGGACCUCACCCCCAAGGAGAUCCACCUGACUGUGGCUGUGGUCACUUACCAGACCAGAGACGGUCAGGGCCCUCUCCAUCAUGGGGUCUGCAGCACAUGGCUCAGCAACCUGAAGCUCCAGGAAACUGUGCCCUGUUUCGUACGAAGUGCCAGUGGUUUCCAGCUUCCAGAGAACCCCAGCCACCCCUGCAUUCUGGUGGGACCAGGCACCGGUAUCGCCCCCUUCAGGAGUUUUUGGCAACAGCGACUGGCAGACAGAGAGAAGAAAGGUAUCAAGACCCCUAAUAUGACCUUGGUGUUUGGAUGCCGGCACCCCGACAUGGACCACCUGUAUCGGGAGGAGAUGAAGGAGAUGACACAGAAAGGAGUGCUCCGGGAUGUCUACACAGCCUACUCCCGCCAGCCCGGCCAGCCCAAAGUCUAUGUUCAGGAUAUUCUGCGGCAGCAACUGGCAGAUGAGGUGAUCCGGACAUUGCAUGAAGAUAAGGGACACCUGUAUGUCUGUGGAGAUGUGAGGAUGGCCAGAGAUGUGGCCCAAACUCUGAAGGAUCUCUUUGCCACCAGACUGAAGAUGAAUGAAGAGCAGACUGAGAACUAUUUCUUCCAACUCAAGAGUCAGAAGCGUUACCAUGAAGACAUCUUUGGGGCUGUCUUUCCCUAUGAGGUGAAAACUGACCAAGCAGCAUCGAAACCUGAAGAGACCAAGCUCUCUAAAGCAAGACUCAGCUAGAGCUGCUGCAGAGGGCUGUAGCCACUUAUCUGUGGCCACAGAAGGAAGAAGAUUUAACCUCCUCCUCUCUUUCCCUUAUCCCUGACUUCUGCCCCACUGCUCUUUGCCUGCUGCCAGGGGAACAAACUGAGGUGAUCUCAUUCUUCAUCUCUUUUUCCUGUCCCAUUUGCCACCUGUGGUUGCUGCUAACUGCCAGGGAAAGUGGGUAACAGAGAUGAGAAAAGGAUGGGCUGGGACCUAACCCUCUCCCCCCCCAAACCAGGUUCACUGCUCAUCUUUCUCCCAGCCCCAGAUAACUGAGAGCUGGCUGUACUCAUCCCACACGACCAAAUUGUACCUUUGGGCAAAGGCUGGGCAGGUGUCUUGGGAUCCUUGUAGACUACAUGGACACACUGGUCUGGAAGUUAAAAAAGGAGGCAAAUUUCUUCUGUUAUCUACAUGAUUAUUCUGUUUACAAUGGGUGUGUUGUACUGUAAUCCUCAACCUUGUCAAGAGUCCUGUACUGUAAAGGACUGAGGACAGGCUCAUUAGUAUGUACAGUUAUUUAUAUUGUCUUUAUUUAAACCCCCCCUACCCCACCAGGGGAAACUCUACUCCCAAGUGACCACUGAGCUUACCCCAGAAUGGUCCUUAAAGAUGAUUAAAUGAAUUUUGGGUACUCAAGACAAGUUCUGUCUCUGACCCAGGUCACUUAACUUCUCCCUGCUUAGGGCAGUUCUCUGAGACUGAGCAGUAGAACAGGUUCUAGCUUGCAUGGGUGAAGGGAGUUUACUCACUGAAAACUCUCCCUGAGCAAUGAAAUCUUAGACUCGUUCCCUAUGUCCCUCGGACAUUUAUACAGAAGCAAGGGAGGCAUCGAGGACUUGGAGGCUGUAAGACCUGAAGUUAAAUCCCACCGCUAACACUUCCUAGCUGUGAGACCUUGGAAAAAGUUAGCCGCUUAACUCCGAGUCCCCAGUAAUUGUGAUCUGGGCGGAUAUUCAGACCCCUGAGAGUGACGUACACCCACGGAGACUGAGUGGACUGGCAGCUGGAGCUGGAUUGAGUUACGACCAACAGCAGGGUCACUCGUAACAGAGAUCUCAUUCUCAAGGACAUGCCCCUUGGCAUCAUGGGACCAUAUAUCUAGAAGGGAAGGGAAUGCAACUCCCUCAUUUUAGAGAAGGGAAUUUUGAGACUCGAGAGCCAAAGCAAAACAAGUUCUCGAGCCCAAGUUCUCUGACUUCGGGGCUAGUAUCCUAUCUACACUGCCAGAGUCGCUGCUACAUAUGGAAAUAGAAGAGAGACAGAAGAUGAAGCUUCUGAGACAUGAGGAGGAAGGAGGGACAAGGGUGGGAGAGAGAAAGCAAAAAGUUGUAUUUUGGGUGUGGUUGGAAAAUGGGCUUUAUCUCUCAAUAGACAGUGUUUUCUAUUAUUUUUAAAAGUGGGAUUUCUUUUUCUGUUGUGAUACCAGCACUAAGAAGGAGGCUAGAAUGAAAUGGACUGGGCUCUCAGCUGUGCACUUUCUUUAGGUGUUGACUUGGAUUCCAUUGGAUUCUAGCUUUAUCAAUAAAUGACUUUGCACUUAGAAAAACAG